AUGACCUCGGUAAAGAUCUAUGGGAAUGCAGCGUUAAGGCAAAUAAAGGAUCUUUCCAAACUCAUUUCAGCGUAUCAUCAAUAUGUCGGAGAGGGUUGUUGGCGAAUUGAUUAUGGGUGUCUGGCUGAUAAAUGCGUUGUAACCAGUAUUGAUGAAGGGUUUUAUCUUGCUUCGGAAAAACUUGGGAGAAAAGUGAAGAUGAGGCUGCUAUUUAGUUUCUUUGAAGGAGUAAUUAUGCUGAGAAAAAGCAUUGAAGCUUGGCAGAUUUGA